AUGAAGCUAUUUUUGGUACUCUUGAUGCUUGCGGCUGGCUUUCAGCUGAGCAGCUCGACUUUUUUCAGAGCUUCGGGAAUUCUACACUGCUAUGAAGGACGCAGAUGGUGCUUCCAUGCGUUUUUGGUGGAGAAAAUGUUACUAACCUACGAUCAAAUCGACCAUCAAGGAAUCCAUUGCACAGACAGCGCCAUGCUUCCAUACCACUUAGAAGGGAAACAGGAGACGGGAAUACUUCAGAAAACGUUCACAAUUCAACUUCACAUCAAGCACAACUGCAGUAGGUACGGAACAGUUCGAGUGAUUCAAAGUCGCACAAAAGAUGUGCCAGUUGAGCAGGAGUUCUUUGAGUUCAACCCAAGCUACGAUUUCACACAAACUGAGGGAAUCGGAGAGGUUGUCAAGGAUUUGUACUAA